ACCCUACGUCCUCCUCCGGGAGCCUGGGCUUCGCGGAUGUUCCGUUUUUCCAGCCUUUGCCACGUUCUCUCUGACGCACCUUUUGUGAGUGUUCAGACCCCUGUUUGUGGGGCCUGGUGCAGCUCCCCCAGUGCCGACAAGCCAUGUCCCAAGAUGUUCUGAUGUCCACCUGUGAUUCUGGCUUUCUUCAGACCCUGGAGAUGAAGGGCCUCCUCAUGCUGGCUUGGUUCCUGGCUUGUACUCUGCCUGCUGUCCCAGGGAGCUUGCUGGACCUGAAGUCAAUGAUUGAGAAAGUGACUGGAAAGCCCGCCCUGGAGAACUAUGGCUUCUACGGCUGUUACUGUGGCUGGGGGGGUCGCGGCACCCCCUUGGAUGGGACUGAUUGGUGCUGUUGGAAACAUGACCACUGCUACGCCCAGCUGGAGACACAAGACUGCGACGUCUUGACCCAGGCCUACAGAUACAGGGUCUCACGUGGCUUGGUCAUCUGCGAACACGGGUCCCGCUGCCAGAAGCAGCUCUGCGCCUGCGACCAGAAAUUCGUCUACUGCCUGAAAAGAAACUUGAGGAGCUACAACCCUCUUUAUCAAUACUUUCCCAACUUUCUCUGCAUCUAGUCACCCUCAGAGAGCUCCUCCUGGGCCAGGAAGCUUGCUCCCCUCACUACAGCAUGGAGCUCACCCACUCUGCUGGGCUUCCCAGGGUGGUUCCAGGUCUGGAGUCUCGGUGGUCCCACUGGGCUUGGAGGAGCCCCACACCCACACUCUCUGGGCCUACCAGAGAAUCCCAGGAGAGUGACUCAUGUCACUGGAUCAAGAAGGCCAGGGUUCCUGGCCUCCACUUGUAAGAACGCCUGUUCUGGGGCUGAAAGCGCACCCCUGACUCCAGGCUGGCCGUGUGUCUCCUCAUCCCUGAAGAUCAGUCUUAUUUCCCCAGGAGAGUGGCUUUCCCAGGACGUGUUAACUUUUCAGUUCCGCAGUCACUACCAACUUGCAGAGAAUUUUUACUCAAGCAGAAUCAAAAGUGACUCCCAUAAUUCUGCUACAGAGAUAUUAAAUAAAAUUUCUUUUCAAGACUAACAGUAACCACAGAUAUUUCCUCCGCCAUGGGGGAUUGCCUGCAUCUCUUUCUUGGCUGUUGGGGGCACUAGACUCAGCGUUAACCAUGCUCUCUCGGAGGAUGAAGGUGCAGAUUAGUAACUAGAAGGCUUCCUGGGAUGAGUGCCAAUCCUUCUUUGGGGCUCAUAUUAAACCUCGGGGAUCCUCUCUAGCCAAGCACUGGACCUCAUUCUUCCUCUGUGGGGUGGGGAGAAGAUGACAGACAAUCGUGCCAUGGUGGCCUUCCAGGCCAGAUAGCACCUCAUUUGAAUGCCAGCUUGGCUUCUCAAGCUGUGUGGUUUCAGGCUCAUUACUCAACCUCUCUGAUUUCUGGUCUUUUUUUUUUUUUUUUCAAGAAAUUGUAAUGUUUCUUAUGAUGUAAAUUGGCAACCCGAAAGCUGUCUUGAUGCUGACCUGGGAAUACUGAGGUUCUGGGAUUUCCCAGAGCAAAACAUUAAAAAAAUAGUUUUGGUUUUUUUUAAA